AAAAGAAACAAACACACCAGCUAAAGAAAGCCUCACAAAAACGGUCAUUAUCGAGUUUUCUUCUUAUAUGUGCUUUGACCAGUAAAUCUGUAGGAAAUGUCGAGACUCCAGAGUGUGAAGGUUUUAAUCUACCAGAGGCUGUCUGCGGCAGUCGAGGAGAUAAUUGGCCAUUUAGAGACAACUAUAACCGAGUAUGAAGAGGAGAUGUCGUGCCGCCAUCGCAUGCUUCUGAGCGACAUGGCUACAAAACCUGAGGAUACGCUGGAAAUAUCAGUCUUUUCUGCAGAUGUUAAGCAGCCAUUGAUGAUUAAAGAAGAGCAGCAGGAGUGGAGCCCCAGUCUGGACCAGGAGGACUCAAAGCACCCACACAUAAAAGAAGAAAAGGAGGAUUUUUGGACCUGUCAGGAAGGUGAGCAGCUGCAAGGACUGCAUGAGGAGGAUAUGAUUAAGUUCCCAUUCACACAUGUCCCUGUGAAGAGUGAAGAUGAUGAAGAGAAACCUCAGUCCUCACAGCUUCAUCAGAGACAAACUGAGGACAAUAGAGAGUCAGAAGCUUCAGCCAGCAGCUUAAUUGAACAGAUGAAAAAAGAUGAUGGAGAGGACUGUGGAGCAUCACAACUAGACAGGAUCUUGGUAUCUGGUUUUAAAUGUGUAUCUAGAUCUGACAACAAGACUUCACACUCUCCCAAAGCUGUGACUGAAGACAGGGGUGAUGAUCAGAAGGAGAUCAAGAUGCCUCAGACAGAUUUAAAUACUAUGCAAAAUAAAGUUCCUGGAAAUGAUAUUGUUAACAAUGGCAAAUUGUUUAGCUGCUUAAAAUGUGGUAAAAAAUUUGGCCAGAAGCAUCAUCUGAAGACACACAUGAGAUGUCAUACUGGAGAGAAACCAUUUAGUUGUUCUCUUUGUGGUAAAAGAUUUACCCAGAAGGGAAAUCUGACACAACACAUGGCAGUCCACACCAGGGAGAAACCAUGUAGUUGUCCUGUUUGUGGUGAAAAAUUUGCACAAAAAGGAAAUCUGACUCAACACAUGACAGUCCACACAAGAGAAAAACUUUGUUGGUGAGAAACUGACAAAGGCAUAGGGAGAAGACAGAAUAGCUUUUACAACAAAAAAUUAAGUCAGCAGUCACAAAAAAAGAAAACCCAAGUGAUAGCAGCAACAGGAAUGAAGCUGUUGUGCUGCAGAACUGAAUCAAUGAACUUUUGACUUCCUUACCAUCUAUUUCAGGGCAUUCAAAUAGCUGAAGAGUCACCACCCUGUUGGUCCCUGUUGAACUACAAAAACAACAGUCCACUGGCAGUCAUACAGUAUUGUUGCAGAGUUUUCACUCACACUAUAGCUGAAUACAGACACAAGCUACAGAGAGCACUUAAACCACAAACAGUCAUUGAAGAGCUCACUUUAAUUACAUAUAGCUGGUCUAAUCUGCCGUUGACAGGAAGCCUACUACUUACAUGUUUUCCAUGACUCUUUGUUCAUAAAAAGGAUAGGGGAAACGUGCCGGUGCUUUACAAAUUUGGGUUUUUUUUCUGACCAGGAGUCGGAUCCAAAAUGGAACUAACUAUCGAAAUUAUGUCAAUAACCAUAUCGAUAACCAAUUAUGUCAGUGAUCACAGCUGCAUAUUAGUCCUAAUGCACAUACAUGUCAGCUGUGAGUCGGUCAAUAAUAAUCAAGGAUAUGACAAUUUAACAACAUAAAGUACAUCUUAAUUCUCUAUUGCAUCCAUGUUUUCUUCACAUAUUUGUCCCUUCCACUGACUGCAAGCAGAGAUGACAGUGGGGAGGAAGUGAGGAAAACUGGAUGUUUGUCACCUUCAAUAUCAUUUGUAUUGCAGGAAUUUGUAGAACGUUGUGUGAGGAGUAGCAGGCAGGGUGGAGGGACAACCACCAGCAGACAGCUGCUGAGAGCUGGGGGCAGACUGGAACUUCUGGAAGAAUAAACACCCAGAGUCACACUGGAUCCUGGUCUGAUCCAAAGCCAUUUAUCGGGAGAGGAGAGCUCAGUUUUUGACACAUUGCUCACUUCCAUACGGCUAAUAUACAGUAUUAUGGCUGUUUGUGGUGAAUAAACAAAGGGUUCCGUGGUUAAACUCGCAUGCAUGAGUAAUGUGAGGUUUUGUUUGUUUUAAGGUGAUGACAUAAAAUAUGACAGACAUUUGCUUAAUUCAAAAAGCUCAAUAGAAGCUUUUAAUGUCAAAAAUAAUUACAUUCGGUACAGCCCUACCUGAAGGUAGUAUUUGCACAUAUGUCCAAAUAGUAAAAAGGUUCAUAGUUUUAUGGCACUGAUUUGUUCUAUUGUUGUUCUCCCACAUGAAAAACCACAAUUUGAUAUAGUUGAGAUUAGUUAGUCUGAGGAGAAGCAGCCUGUGAACAAGUCUGUGCAUGAGCGUCACAUUUCACUGAAUAAAUUCAACUUCAACCCAGUACAGUUAUUAUCAUUGUUCUGUGUUGUGUUUACUAUGAUCUUUUCUUUUUUGACAGGAGCCACAACUUACGUAGCCACUUAGGUAUGUAGUAAUUAAUAGAGCAGCACAACAGUCUCUGCAACAUGCCAGCAUCACAUGAAUUAAUCAAAAACAAUCACAGAGACAUAACACAACAAUCCAAAGCAGUUUGUUGGAAGCCCACUGACACUCACAGAUCUGUGCAUCAAGAAUACCAGUUGUCUCUUCAAAACCAUACUAGAGUUGAUGAUUUGCCAACUGGUAGAUAGAACUCCAUUUUAUUUGGGUUAAGUAGAACUCCACUCAGCACCUGUUAGAACAGGUCAUCUUCCACUUUCAUUGUUCUCAGUACAUGGAGAGCCCAUCUGUGUGCUCUGCUGCCUGGGUUUGUGCUGCAAAUGGUGGAGGAGGAUUCAUCAGGUCGAUGGUCUGUCCUUCCCGGAUCUUUAGAACUGCCUGCUUCAGACUCCACCUGCAGGGAAGGACAAACAUGGAGCGGUGCACACAAGAACUAGCAAUGCUGUUUUGACAAUGCGUCUGACUUUCAAAAGAAAAAGCAGAGCAUAGACAGGAGGUGGUCAGUCUGGUAGAUUCCUUGUGUGUCAUACAGCUUAUGUUUUGUCCAGCACUGAUUUGUAUUGGAUAUGGAGGUAUCUCUCUGUUACAUUAGUGAGUAAUUCAGUUCACCACCAUUGUUCUCAUUGUACAAAGAAACACAGCCUUACUUGCUUGAAACUCUGUGUCUCAUCACUAAUUUGCAUAAUCUAACUGUGAAAUGCACAAAACUCAUGAUUUGCAUAACACAUGCAAUGUCACAUUUAAGUGCCACUCAUUUGCAUGAAAUGGAAAUGUGACAAUGUUUGCAGAAAGUUGCUUACGUCAUGAGCGCUCUUGCUAUUUUGGUUCAUACAGUGUGUUGAAGUUGUAUAGUUGCAUAUAUAUGUACACCAGUCACAUCACUUGUCUCUGACCUUUGAAACACCUGAACCACUGGUCAUAAGUAAAUUGUCACAUUAGUUUGUAAUUGAUGUGAUACAGUAGCAUUAGCAUCAUAAUGUAUUUUAAGAAUAAAAUAUGAAGCACCACUUUUGCUUAAAGGUUGGAAAAGAGGCAGUAAUGCACAGGAUUAAAGAGCUCCCAACACCCAAUGUCUCUCUCAUAAACAGGCAGGGUACCAUAACAGACCAGUCUGGUGUGUGUAAAGAGGUGUGUGUGGUUAUUGUGUCACAGUCUGUGUCAUUGGCAGAUGACUCUAUAUUCACAGUGGACUGAUGCCCAGUGGAACUUCACUCUGGUGCAACACUUCUUAAAUCAGAGGCUGCAGAUGUAUCAACAUGUGUCCUGCUGCUUUCAGAUGGCUGCAGGCAUUUAAUGAACUGGAGAGGAAGUUUUUCAUACCAAGCAGCUACUGUAAGAAUCACUGAUUCUAAUCUUUAUGUAACUGCAGACUGAACUAACAAUGUUCCUGCUUUAAAUAUAUCAUUAUUUUGUUACUUCAUCAACUAGUUGUAACAGAUCAUAGAAUUAGCAUGACCUUGCACCAGAAACAGACAUGGCUUGAGUCAUCUAAUUUUAGAGCAGCUUCUGAGACCCAGUGUCCAUCAAAACACCAACAACUGACUGUGCAGCUGCCUCAUCUGAAUGAACCUCCCACCUGGUUGUUCCUUUCUUCCACCUGUGCACUGUGUGCUACACACCAACAUACCACACAAACGGGCCCAGUUUAAAGGCAGGGUAAUACCAAACUGUGUCAGUCCCCUGUGUGUUGUCACAAUGCCACUUCAAUUUUCCUAACAAUUAAGAGUGACAGGCAUCAAUUUUUGCUAUAUCACAAUAAAUUGAAUAGAAUUGUCAGAAUCAUUUCAUUUGCAAUGAAUGUACUCACCUGUUGGUAUUAGGGUCUCUAACUGAAGAAGUAUGCAGAUAGCCUCCAGUUUUUGACCCAGUCACAGGGAUCUUUAGCUGCAACACAAUGCAAAUUCAAAGUAAUCUGCUCACAUGUAAACAGAUAUCAGAGCUCUUCACAACAGGAUUGUAUGGUACAGCUGUCAGUCAUACGAUUCCCACACCAAUCUCUGGAUGGCUGGAUGUAAGGAUAACAUUGUGACCCAUGUUCCAAAGCAGUAAUGAUCCAAAAUGGAAGCUGACAAGGACAAGGUAGCCAAACAAACAUUUGAACAGCAAUGGAACAGGUGAGUGACUGACAAGCAGGAGAGUGGGAAAUGUUUCAUAGAAACAGUUUGUUAGACCUGCCCUUCAGUGCCUUAUUAACCUGGUGUCAUUCUCAGAGCAGCCCUCUCUCUCCCUCCCAGCUGCUUCCUCAACUUUACAUGGUUGAGUCUGCUGUUCUGGCCCAGGCCUGCUCCUCCACUCCAGGUUCUAGCUCACUCAGUCCCCCUGGAUGUUAUUUUCGGCGUGGUUCCAUGGCCUCUCCCUGCCCUGCUAAAGCCCAAAUCCGUGGCUCUCUACUAGCAGCACCAUUACUCCUCUUCAACAUCUUCCUCCUGUAUUUUACAAUAAAAACCUUUAACUUUGUAUCUGCCUCCUUGUCAGCCCUUAACACAGUGUGGUGGAAGCUCCUGGCAAACAUAAUAACACAUUUUGAUGACUUUCGAAAAUACAGUACCUGUGCCAUGUGCUGAGUUAUAACGUUGUUUCUGUCAGUCAGACGGAUGUUGUGGACUUUUAAAGGUGGGGCCCCCAGGCUUUCCAUGGCAGCAGGACAUGCUUCCAACUUUUGCAGAGCCAG